AUGGGGGCUAUGAUUAGGCAUGGUCGGAUUGGAUUAUAUCCGCCGGUUGGAUACAAGCUUCGUGGCGGGCGGCCUGGCAAUGGCUACGCCUGGCGGUGCUUGGCAAGCGCUAGCCGGGUGACACGGUUGAACGAUGACAUCAAGUACGUAGCCCAUCCAGUGUCUAACGCUAAAAGCCCCUUGCGUCUCACACUCUGCGCUGGCGUAUGCCGGCCACCCAACCGAUCAGCGCCUGAUUCCGCUCGGUCGCACUUGCGGAUUGAUAUGAGACCACCGACCUCCUGGUCCCGGCCUUUCCAGGUAUUCAAGUCCGAAGCAAACAGCUGGUCGUGCCGUCAGCCGGGCCCACUUGUGACUCACGCGCCUUCCUUGACUUGGGAGGGGGUCAGCUUGGGGAUCCCCACGGGGAUGCCGGAUACAAGCGAGUCCCGGCUGCGAUCAUUCGCUUUUGGCGUCUCCGCUGCUUUAGGGCAUUUCAUUCGCCCAGUACCAUGCAAAGGAAGGUGA